UUUCUAGAAAUGGUUAGAAUUGUAGCAAAGAAUGUUCGAAAGUUACUGUUGGCGUCUCGUGGAAUCACGUCGACAAUUAAACUGCCUGCUAUUGUUAAGACUACGGCUAUGGACGAUAAGCCUAAGUUCACUAAGUUAUUUAUCAACAAUCAAUGGCGAAAUUCGCAGCUUGGAAGAACCUUUUCUAUGUACAAUCCUGUGACUCAAACAAAAUUUGCUGAAGUCCAGGAGGGUGGGACAGCAGACAUUGACUUGGCAGUUAAGGUUGGUUAUUGCUGGCGUUUAUUUAGUUUAAGGAUCGCAGCCUGUGAUGCUAAUAAGUUUGGCUCUGAAUGGCGGCGUAUGGAUUUUGCUGAUCGCGGACAUUUACUUGAUAAACUGGCUUCCUUAAUUGAAAGAGAUGCUUUUCAACUGUUUUGUUUGCAAACAAUUGACAAUGGAAAGCCUUGUGAGCCUCGUUAUUUAGUUAUUUCGAUUGCCAUGUAUAAUUAUUAUGCUUUUUGUGCAAAUAAGAAGGCAACUUUUGGAAUGGACAAUUUUCACAAUAUGCGGAACGAGGCGGAAGGUGUUAUUGGCCACAUCAUCUCUCCAAAAUUUCCUGUGCUUAAUGAAGCAAUGAAAUUAGGACCGGCUUUGGUAGAGGGUAACACUUUCAUCUUAAAUCCUCAAGCACCUUUAACCGCUUUAUAUGUAGCAAAUUUAAUUAAAAAGGCUGGUUUUCCUUCUGGUGUUGUAAAUGUGGUCCCUGGCUUCGAAUCUGCGCAUAAGGCACUUUCUUCCCAUCCGAAUGUUGAUAAAGUUGAAUUAUUUGGCUUUACUAAAAGUGAAUUGCAAAGCGGUGAAUUUUCCCAAGCAAAUUUGGAAAAGAUGACACUUGAAUUGGAUGGCAAACAUCCACAAAUCAUGUCUGGAUAUGCUGAUUUUUCUCGUUUAGAGGAUUAUGUUGCGUUGGAAAGUUUCGUCCGUCGGGCCCAUCUCGGAAUUCUUCGUGAAAAUGGAGUCAAUUUGGAUGUAGAUACCGAAGAUGAUUCAAAAGCCAUUCAUUCUUUAAUCAGCACGGCUCGUGAUCUUGUAGGUUCUUCAACUGUUGGUGGUAAGCAGCCCGUGCCUUUCCAAUUGCUUCGUCGUUUUGAGAUUGAAUACGCGCUUGAAAAGAAAAUUUACAAAAAUGCAUUUGAAUGUAUCAGCGAUGCGAAAAAAUGCUUGACAAGUAAAAAGGGGAAAAACGAAAUAUAUCGAGCCUAUUCAUGUGCUUUGAAGCAUUACUACAAGGAAUAUGGGAUUUUUAUUGAGACUCACAAUGCGUCACGAUAUUUGCUUUUGUUUGCUGCUGCCACAACCGAAGAUGAAUUCAUUUUGGAAUGGGCCCAACUUGUUAACGGAGAUGCGGACACUAUUCACCGAAACUCAUUUAACGGUUCGAUUGACGAAUCACGAAUUUGGGAGAUUUUGAGCAAUAUGAAGAAAUUUGCCAUCAGACUCCCUCAAAUUGACAGUAAAAAAGUUGAGUACGAGUUGAAUCUUCAUGUGCCACAUCAGGAAGGUGAACAGAAAAAUCUCAAAAGAAAAAAUUUGAAGAUGGAGAUUGACUUUAAAAUGUCGAUGAAGAUUGAAAAGAAGCCACGUACCGAGAAGAUUUACGGCUUGGGCCCCUUUGAUUUUAAGUAUAUUUGCUUAUAA